AUGCCCAGCCCCGGGCCGCGGGGCUGCCGGCCGCUCCCUCUUUCGGGCGCCGGGGUCCAGCCCCCGCGCUCCAGCCGCUCUCCCGUGCCCGCGACCCCCGCGCUGCCGCGCGGCUCUGCAAAUCCAAGCCCACCCCGCGCGCCCGGACGCCUCGAGUCCUCCUUUUCCGUUGAGGCCAUCCUGGCCAGACCUGACCCCUGCGCGCCCACCGCCUCCCCGCUGCCAGUCUCCGCUGGCGCCCACGGGGACCUCUGGAACGUGCCCGCCAGGCCUCCCGCCCAGGCUCUGCCCGGCGCGUGCCCGCCGACGUGGCUGCCCGCCCGCCUGAGCGCGGGGCUGCACCAGCGGUGCCCCCAGCCCCCUGCGCUGCGGCCCUUCGCCUCCCACUUCUGCGGCCUCCAGGGUCUCAGCAUCACAGCGCUUGAUGGAGCAGGCAUUCCCCCAGCGCGGCCAACUCAGCUGGAGAAGCAGCUGCUACUGGUACCCUUCAGCCAGAGCGAGGAGCUGUUGGAUGUUAGCCGACCAGGUUACAGCCUCCACUGCUCACCUCUGUACGGUAGGGGGUUACAGCUAACCUUUCCUCCUGCUAAUUGCUCUGCAGGCUUGGAGCUAGUUCACUGCCUAGGCCUCUGGGAUCCCCAAGACUGGGCCCACGCUCAGGACCUUCAGGACACUGAGAGAUCCCCAAAGAGGAUUCGAACCGUGUUUAACUUGGAGCAGCUGGAAGAAUUGGAGAAAGUGUUUGCAAAACAGCACAAUAUAGUGGGGAAGAAGAGAGCCCAGCUGGCAGCCCAGCUCAACCUCACAGAGAACCAGGUGAGAGUCUGGUUCCAAAACCGAAGGGUCAAAUAUCAGAAGCAGCAAAGGCUGAAAAUGCCAGCUACAUCUGCCAUGGCUGCCUCCCCAGAUGAGCCCUCCAGCAGCUCCGACACCAGCAUCCAGAGAGAAGACGCCGAGUCAGGAAUGGACAGCUGAGGACUGCAACAAAGGCUCAGUCCAGGCUGGGCUAGUUCUUCCUGGAAGCACCCAUUGGACCUCGUUGUUUCAUUUCUUAAUGAAGAGCCUGUCAGGUCAAAGGGCACCAGGAAAAUCUGAACUGUAAAGCAGGAGCCCUCUUUUUCUGUAUCGACCUGUGGGGGUUGUAAUAAUGCAAAUGGUCACAGGUACAGACUUUGGCCUUCAGCUAUGUCCUUGGCCAAGUUACUGAAUUUCUGAGGAUUUUUCCCCCACCUGUAGAAUGGGUUAUGUAGAUAACUUUGACCUCCCAGGGCUGAGAUGAUGUCUGUAAAACACAAGAGUGUGCCAGGCUCGGCACUAAGAGUGCAGUAACUACUAAGGCUUAUGGGUCCCCUUCACCUGUGGGAGUAAUACCUCAGCCCCGGCCUCUCCAGAGAUUAAUCUUUGCCUGACCUCGCUGUAGAGGAGAGGGCCUCCUUGAAUCAGUAUCCGGGCAUUGAAGACUCUUCCCCAUUGGAAAUGGUGG